GUUUUAUUACAUUCCAUUCCAUAACAUGCAGUGCGAAAAGCGCAGUUUCUGUAAACUCUUGGUCCUCAUACAACUUCCAUGUUCAUCUGGACCAACAACACGAAGUCCUUCGCAGAAAUUUGCACCAGCACCAUCACUCUGCACCAGAGAGAAUACUGGUGCUCUGCAUGUUCGCUCCAUCAGGUUGGCGAAUGUGAAUCGUGGAUGCGUUUGUGUUUGUAUUCUGAGAUUAUAUGUAUGACAUCUGAUUAAUGUAAAUCAAACUGUGUGACACGUAUUGGUUGCAUUUGUUACUAUUGGGAAUGUGCUAGUGUUAUAUAUUACGGAAUAGGUAAUUAUGCCUCCAAAACAGAGAAAGAUAGCCAUUAUGGGCUUUAGGUCUGUGGGAAAGUCGUCACUAAGCAUUCAAUUUGUGGAAGGGCAAUUUGUAGACUCCUAUGACCCCACAAUUGAGAACACUUUCACAAAAUCAACUCGUGUAAAUAGUCAGGAUUAUGAAUUAAAACUAGUUGACACAGCUGGUCAGGAUGAAUAUUCAAUAUUUCCUGCCCAAUAUCUGAUGGACAUUCAUGGAUAUGUCCUUGUAUAUUCAAUCACAUCAUCAAAAUCAUUUGAAGUGGUACAGAUUAUUUAUGAGAAAUUACUAGAUAUGACAGGAAAAGUCCAUGUUCCCAUUGUUCUUGUGGGAAAUAAGACUGAUCUUCACAUGGAACGAAUGAUUAGUAGUGAGGAAGGCAAACGGCUAGCUGAUUCUUGGAAAGCUGCAUUCCUGGAAGCCUCAGCCAAACAGAAUGAAUCUGUUGCUGAUAUCUUUCACACAGCUUUGCUGGAAAUUGAGAAAGCCAAUGGAAAUGUUCAAGAAAAAUCAAAUUGUAUCAUCUCUUGAGUGAGUAUGACUACAUCAGUAUCAGCCAUUGAAUAAGUCAUAAGUUAGAGUAACUGAUUAAUUUACACACUUUCUGAGGAAGUAUGUUUCAAAAACAUGGGAUGUUGUCAUCCUUACACACACACAUACACUUUUGUUUGUCAGAUUGGUGAAGAUUAAUGAAAAAGUGGUAUUGUUUACAUUCAACCAACAGUUCAGAAUAUCUGUGUAUUUUUUCAAUGUAGCAUUGUGUAUAACAAACAUUAUUGCUUUACGUAAUUUAAUUUCUUGUGUAUGGAAUAUUAUGUGGAAGCUGAGUAGUUCUUACUAAUAAGUAGGUACAAUUACAUCUUGGUAAGCAUAGUUGUAAUUUUUAAAUGGCAAACUGUACAUAUAUCAUUUUCUUGAAACUGUAAAUGUAGUCAAUGAACACAAAAAUAAAUUUUAAUUGUUAUGAGAGUUGUGAAAUAUCUUUAAUUUUAUGCAUUGUCAAUAUAUUCCAACUAUGGUGCCAUGCAGGGAAUGUGAUAUUUGCUAUGUCUGAGACAUUUAUGGUGUUUACAUGUAGAACUGCAAGAAUUUAUUUCUCCUUUUCAGUAGAAAGUCACCAUAACCAGAAGUGCGAUAUGUCAGAGGUUAAGCAUAAAAAAAUUCAUAUGUCCAUAUAAGUAAUAAAAAGUCCUGUUUCGCAAAAGUGAUUUCCAAAAUGUCAAAUUUCCUUUGUUUCUGGUCAGGUAGUAUUUGCAGUUUGUCCAAAAAUAAAUGGUACCCAAAUUACAUGUAUUUUGUUUCAUGUGUUAUAAAUUUUAUAAAAUAGAGGUUUUAAUUAAGAUUAAAAUUAAAAAUGAAUUAAGAAUUUUAAAAAAAAUUCCUAAAAGUUUAUUUGAUCUCGAAUGAUCUUGUGCGAGGUCUAAUUAGCAUCGUCGUCAAAGUUUAUUGUUUUUCCACUGAAGGGGAGAAGCAGAUUCCUGGUAGAAGAUGGCCUGUACAUUUUGUCUGUUAAAGAAUUCACUUAUAAUUUUACAUAUAAUAAAAAAAGAAGAUAGAAAAGUUGAAAUGUUUAUUUCUUUGAGCUAGUUGUACAACUUUUAUUUUUUCAACCUCUUAAAUACAUGCUUUAGAAGAAGAAUCACAUGCCACAAAAUUUUCAAAAUAAGCUUGGGAACUAAGAACCUCAUGACUGUGGAACGACUACUGCUUUUCUUCAAUGUCAUGCUGACCAGUUUAUUUAUUGAACAAAAGUUAUUUGUAAGCCAUACAUGUAUAUGUUAAAAGAAAAUACAUGUUUGUUUCAAGAAUAACUCUUGAAAUAAAGUUUCCGAGGACUACGUCUUUCAUAAAUAGAAUUAUUUGAAAUGUUCAGUUGUGAAAAUUAUUGUUAAUUAGGUAAUUUAAUUACUUAAUCAAUUAAUUAAAUGAUCGUUGACUUCUGCAACUUUCGAUAAAGCAUCUUUGUGAUGUCUAAUAAAAUUUUGAAAGGGAAUAAAGUGGCUCAUGUUUGUUUAAAAAGUAGUUCUGUAUUUGUCCUUGUGCAUUUCCAACCAUCUUGUCAGUCUCUCUACUUUUCCACAUCUUUGUGAAAGGUGUCAAUUUUCUCUAUGUAUUUUAGACUUCCCUUUUAUACCACAAACUUUACCUUAUUUCCAAAAAGAACACCACACAAUAAUUUGGUCAUAUGGUAAUUGUAAAGUGUUUCAGAGUAUUAUUGCAAUCAAUAGGCAUUUAGUGCAGUCAAAGAAUAGAACGUAGUCGUAUUAAAUCUGAUGUUUUUGAUAGUUUUACACUUAUGGUGUUAAGGGAAGUGGAGUCAAGAGUCAGAAAAGUCUCAAUCUAGCAAAUAACUUUCUGUAUACAAUAAUGAAGUCCAUGAAUGAUGGACCUUUCAUGUUUAUAAUAGGUUUGAAAAUGUGUGGUUUUUCAAAAUAGGUUUUUUUUUUCUUUUUCCAUCCCUUAAAUCCUUUUUCAAUAAAAAUGAGCUUAUGUCAUGAACAAUGCUUCAUGAUCAAAUUUGAAUUGUCUCUAAAAUGUGUACCUUGUAAUUUUUUAAAGUUAAAUUUAUAUUUUUUGGACCAAAGUAUGUCUGAAUGCUAGUACUCAUUGGAGCAAAAUAGCAAGUAAUAAUACAGACACGAUUUUUAAGUUUUUAAAUCAUUUUAACAUAAAGGCACGAUUGUAGAGUGCAGUUUUGUGGUUUGUAGGUGUGCAUACUGUGUAAGCAUGGUUGAGGUUUCCAAACUACCACUUAAUACAAGAAUCUUUCCUUCUCCUGGAAGGGCAGUUUGGUCUGUGUGCAGACUGGGGGAGUAUUGUCCACAGACCACAACAUGCUCUUCACUUGCCUGUUACUCUUCCUUACCAAUUCUAAUCAGUUCCAGGUGCUUCUAUAUGCUCAUAAAUCAAAGGAUGUGUCCAGUCACUGUGGGUCAAUGUAUCUUGACAAUGUGAAGGAAUAAAAGUCUGAUGUGCGUGUUAUCAGGAUCGGAAAGUACAUAUAACAAAUAACAAGGGCAGUGAUAGAACUUAGUGCAGGGCAUGUCUGUACAUCCUGAUGGAUGAUAUCCUUAUGUUCAAUGAUAAUGAGUAAUAUAACAUUAAAAAUUAAUAAUACUAAUAAUUUUUAAUUAGCUGUAUAAAUUGGAUAAUCAAAAUUUAUGAAAUUAUUUACAAGAAUCAAAUAGACAAUGUAAUUGUGAAGAGGUAAUAAAGUGAUUGACAUUCUUUUGGUGUGGAGGAGGGGGGUAUUUUUCCAGUUCUUUUCCUUCAAGAAGAAUUCAAUUGAUGCAGUCACCAGGGUAUUCUGACGGGCACAAGGAAAACUAUGAUGUCCUUCUUGCCUUCAGCAGUAGUGAUACUUCUUAGAGAAAAGGAAAAGUGAAAUUCUUCAUAAUAAUCAAGAUCUGCUUGAUUUUGCUAUUCAACAAUCAGAUUGCACAUGCAAAACUUGCAGAAGCUGGGUAAAGAUAUUUCAAAGUUAGAUUCUGCCCGGGUUUUUAUUAUUGAUAAACAUUGCUUUUUAUAUUACUAUACUACUACAUGGUCUUGUACAAAAACUCCACACUUUGUGAAUAAUUGUAUUAAUAUUUUAAUUUUCAAAAAUAAAUUAAUUACUUCAGGGCAUAGUCCCAGCCACCCUAGAUUUGCAAUAUCGAAGCUUGGAGGAUUUUCUGUCAGAACAGCUAACUAAUGAAAAUAUUAUUCCGAUAAACUCUCUUGUGUUUGUUUUGUUUGUAGUCCUCCACAAAAAGUAUAUCUUGUCCACUUCUUGUGUGAAUAAGUCUUCAUAGUACAUUAUGUCUCGUUUUUUGGUAAAAUUCAACAAAAUUUUAAUCUUAUGAACAAAUAUUAACUUGGUGAACAAUUAAGCUGAAGAACAUCAAUAAGGGCAAGUGUGUUGUUGAGUGUAAAGUGCAAGUGUAAAUUACAACCUUAAAAGUUAUGUAGUCAGAAUUCUGUGCUGAAAAUACUUUUGAGAUGG